UUAUUCCGGCUGGCGCUCAGAGCGCAGGUUGCUGCGGCUUCCGCCUCCAUCCGGGCACUUGCGCUGACCCGCGAUGUGACCCGUCAGUACGGCAAACAUGGCGGAGCCUUCACUUGGGACCGCGAGCCCAGGGGGUUCGGCAACAUCCGACGACCACGAGUUCGACCCAUCGGCAGACAUGUUGGUUCACGAGUUUGACGAUGAAAGGACUUUGGAGGAGGAAGAAAUGAUGGAAGGGGAAGUGAAUUUCACGUCUGAAAUCGAGCACCUGGAAAGGGAAAGUGAGAUGCCUAUCCAUGAACUGUUACGGCUUUAUGGGUACGGAAGCACCGUCCCCCUGCCGGGAGAAGAGGAAGACGAGGAAGAUGAUGAGGAUAACGAUCAAAACAGCGGCUGCAGUGGUGAAAAUAAGGAUGAAACUGCUAAGGAUUCAUCAGGACCUGAAGAUGAAACUCAGUCGUUCAACGAUGACCCGGCGCCGUCUGCUACAUGUCCGGAUGUACAGGAGGUGAUCAGACCUCGGAGGUGCAAAUACUUUGAUGCAAACAAUGAAAUAGAAGAGGAAUCUGAAGAUGAUGAAGAUUAUAUUCCAUCGGAAGACUGGAAAAAGGAAAUUAUGGUGGGCUCGAUGUUUCAGGCUGAAAUCCCGGUUGGCAUCAGCAAGUACAGGGAAACUGAGAAAGUGUAUGAAAACGACGACCAGUUGCUCUGGAAUCCGGACUUUGUUUUGGAGGAGAGAGUGAUUGAGUUUCUGAGCGAGGCAUCAAGGAGGACCGGUGAAGAGAAGGGUCUGGAGGCAAUUCCUGAAGGAUCUCAUAUUAAAGAUAAUGAACAGGCGCUGUAUGAGCUGGUGAAAUGUAACUUCGACACAGAAGAGGCCCUUCGGAGGCUAAGAUUCAACGUGAAAGCCGCGCGAGAAGAGCUCUCUAUUUGGACGGAAGAGGAAUGCAGAAAUUUUGAACAAGGACUUAAAGCGUACGGGAAAGACUUCCAUUUGAUUCAGGCCAAUAAGGUGAGAACGAGGUCUGUGGGGGAGUGUGUCGCCUUUUACUACAUGUGGAAGAAGUCUGAACGAUACGAUUUCUUUGCUCAGCAAACGCGGUUUGGGAAGAAGAAAUACAAUCUCCAUCCUGGAGUAACGGACUAUAUGGAUCGUCUCUUGGAUGAAAGUGAGAGUGCGGCGUCUAGCAGAGCCCCCUCGCCACCUCCGGCCAACUCCAACAGCAGCGCCAGCCAAUCGGAGAAGGAGGACAGCUCGGCUGGCAACAGCCAGAACGGUGUAGCUGCCAACGGCCCGAGCGAUUUGCCUGCAUACAGGGAUGAAGCCAAACCAGAACACGUCCAUCUAAACGGCCCGACGCACAGCGGCGCCGAACAAUCUUCCAACGACACCGACACCAACGGCUACAACCAAGAAAACUCAGCGGGCGAAUCCAAACCCAGCCAUCCAAACACGAGUAACGACGACGACGAGCCGGAGGAGAAAAGCGACAGAGCCGCCAAAAGGCGACGAAUCGACAGCCCCGGGAAGGAAAGCCCGGCGUCCUCUGAAUUCUCUCAGGAAGUAUAUUCACAAGGCGAGCUUUAAGGGAAAAUCCUCGACUUUUCAGACACUUCUGAAACAAAUACGUUUUCUGUGAGUCUUGGAUUUUCAGGGUCGGCUUAUUUAUCGAUUGUUUUUUUAUUUUUUUGUGAGCCCCCCCAGCAAAUUUGAUUCAUAGACAGCCGAUGGAAGCGUUUUUUUGUAACGUGGGGUCUUUAUUUUAACGAGAGUUUAAAUGACCUACCUAAAGAAUGUAUUUUUUCAGUAAAACAUACAAAGUUAAUAAUUCUCAUUUUUAACCCUUUCUGCAUCUCUACACAUGCAGAUAUAUAAUUUUUUUUUAAAGUUUGUUUC